UUCUGCUGGUAGGCAGAGUAUAAACUCGAUAAUUAUCGAAAACAUUACAUAUCGAUCAUUAAUUGACAAAUUCGUCGCAAGUUGUCCGCGAAGUUUGUCCGCUAGAUGAUAUUUUGUUUGGAUUCGUAUCCGGAUUAUACGUGACUGCAACGAGACGCAAUGAUUGAAGUAAUAGCCCAACGUGAUAAUACGAAAGUAUUGUCCUCAAAAUAAUAAUCACGUGGACGCGCGCGCGAGGAAAUAACAGAGACGAGUCGCUGAAGUGAGUGGUGGGUCAUGUUCGCCGUCGUGAACGGCAGACUCACGAGCUGGCUCUUACGGUCGCAUGGACUCGCGCGCAUUUAUGGAACGAGGUUGACAUCGACCCAGAAGACCUCAAAAUCGUCGUCCGAGGAGAAUGCGGCGGUAGCUGCCGAUCUUGCAGAAAUCAAAGAGUGCAAAUUGCCUCCGGAAAGUCGGAAAACUGAGCCCAGACUACAGAUCGUUCGCGUGUAUCGAUGGAAUCCGGAAAAGCAACACGUGAAACCGCACAUACAACAGUUCACCGUCGAUCUGAACAAGUGCGGCACGAUGGUGUUGGACGUGUUGACGUUGAUCAAAGCGGAACACGAUCCGACGUUAUCCUUUCGCAGAUCGUGUCGCGAAGGCAUCUGCGGGAAUUGCUCGAUGAACAUAAACGGCGUCAAUACCUUGGCUUGUAUAACAAAAGUGGAAGAAUCCGCAAAACCCCUGGUAAUUUAUCCCCUGCCACACACUUACGUGAUUCGAGACUUGGUACCAGAUUUGAGGCAGUUCUUCGACCAAUUUCGAGCAAUCGAUCCAUAUCUAAAACGUCCUGGCGAGGACAAUAUCCUCGGUGUACGGCAAGUCUUGCAGAGCACGCGAGACAGGAAGAAGCUCGACGGUUUACACGAAUGCAUAAUGUGCGCGUGCUGCACGUAUGCGUGCCCGCCUUACUGGUGGCUCGGCGACAAAUAUCUAGGACCUGCGGUUCUUCUUCAGGCAUAUAGGUGGGUAAUUGAUUCGCGAGACAUGGCACAUAAAGAAAGGCUGGGAAAGCUACGAGAUUUCUACUCGAUUUACCGAUGUCACACGAUUUUUAAUUGCACCAAAACAUGCCCAAAGGGCUUAAACCCAGGAAAAGCAAUAGCGCAGUUAAAGCGUUUACUAGCUGGACUUACGAAGAAAGAGGAACCCGAUAUCGAGACACCAAUUCCGGAUCCUUGCCACGCGCUAAACUCAACUCGAGAUACUUCUUGGCUACCUUACUAUUUUUUUGAAGAUUAUAAGUAAAAAAUUAUAGUAAAUAAAUUUAUGUUUGUGCAGUGAGUAAUUUUCACAAACGCGUUGUAUAUUAACCUAUAUACAAAGUAUCCUGAGUAAUCGUAUAAUUUAU